CUUUCCCCGACACAUGCAAGGGGUUCCUUAAACCUGAAGGCUGAAAGAGAGCUGCACGCCUGCACUGCACCUCCAAAGCGCCGCCUCGGGAGAUGGCCCGCGCCGCCGCAGGUACCUCGUCGGCGUCGGCCACCACCACCUGGUCCUCGUCAGAGGAAGCCGCGCGCCCCACCUCCACCGCCUACUCCCAAUCGCUGUCCCGGCGCGGGUUCCCACCGCUACUCCUCGUCGCCUCCCUAGCCACCCUCCUCAUCCUCUCCUCCGGCGAUGACGCCGCCACCUACGAGGCCUCCACCGCUGCACGGCCCCUCAAAGAUGUUAAUUUGGAAAAUCCAGAGGUGACUUUUGCUCCCACGUCCUUGGGUGGACAAUUUUGUGAGCGAGUCCGCAUAUCUGGAGUACCAAGGUUGCGUCUUCAAAGCUAUGCAAAUCAAGUACGUGUUACCAUGAAUGUUUCUCUUUCAAUGCGGGAAAAGUUCCAUCGGAAAAUUGAGAUUUGCUUUCAUGGGAAUGUUUCGAUGGGCUUGUGCCAAUGUGAGAUCGGUGAAUGGCAAGUUUUGCAAGAUGGCAUGUGGAAUGCUGUGAAAUCUCCAUAUGGUAUCAAAUAUGUUGACGUGAAACUGGCUGAUAAGAAAUCUACUGCGUUUAAUCUUUCCAUUCAGGAAGACUUUCAGAAAUGGCGUUUAGCUUGCCUUGGUAUUGGAUUUGUUCUGUUAUUCCUGUCACCCAUUGUUAGUAAAUGGGCACCUUUUUACUAUAGCAGCUCUAUGGCUCUUGGAAUCCUACUCGUUGUACUGAUUGUUCUGUUCCAGGGGAUGAAAUUGCUACCAAUGGGCAGGAAAAGUUUAUUGUACCUUACAAUUUAUGGAUCUGCAUUAGGUGUUGGCUCCUAUGCUGUACACUACUUCUCCACAUUGGUUGCUUCUAUUCUUGAAAACUUUGGCUGGAGUGAGGAGAUGCACAACCCUGUAUCAAUCUUCCUGCUGGUAGCAGUUGUCUUGACUGGAGCUGGUUUUGGCUAUUGGAUGGUGAGGAGAUUUAUCCUUUCAAAAGAUGGCAGUGUUGAUGCCGGGAUAGCCCAGUUUGUGAAGUGGGCCAUGCGUGUUGUUGCAAUAUUUUUUGUUAUGCAGAGCACACUCGAUCCUAUUCUAGCAUUGGUUGCUCUGACUACAAGCUGGUCGGUUUGCUCUGUUUUGACAGCCAACAAAGUUCAAGAACCAAUGGCACCGAAGCAGAAGCAAUUGAAGGUUUCUUCUCAGCCAAAGUUUACUCAAGUGUCACCCAGCACUCGACAGGUUCAAUUCUUAAGUCCAUCGUCUAGGAUGAAUAUUGGAAGAGGCCCAUCAAACAGUCCAGCCACACAGUAUGGUUGGAACAAUUUAGCCAAUGGAGGGCUGGUCCCCUCAACAGUUACAAAGAGGGUUCUGCCCAAUCGAGAUGAGGACCACUACUCCACCUUCCACAAUAUCGAACCACGGAAAUACUCGAAGAGAGAGUGGGAAGAGUUCAGCGAGGAAUCGACCAGAAAUGCACUGAUGGAACACACAGCUACCCCAGAGUUUGCGCAAUGGGCUGCUGACAAUGCUCAUCGCAUGCGGGUUGAGCGAGACGAUGCCUCAGAGGAUGACACGAUUGAGAGCUCCUCAAACUCCUCCGAAGAAACCGAGGAAGUUGAUAAAGCUACUAGCCUGUUGAGUAGGUUGUUUGCAGUGACCAAACUAUAGAGAGCUCAACAUGCUGCGAUCGUUCACGAUGUUUAUAAGUAGGAAGUGGUGAUUGGACUUGUUAGCGGUAAGGGGUGGAAGUUUAUCAUUUCCGCUAUCAUUGCCACAGUUCAUUUUGGUUGGUGACCGUAGACUCUAGUUGGUUAACCAUCUCAGUUCAACUAAUGUUAGAUUUAUCUGGCACCGGCCCAGUCAUCCAUGGAUUGUUAGUUGUUGGCUCGUGUAUCAGAGGAGAACAGAUGUAAAUACAGUCUAAUUCAGUCGAUUAGAAACAGUCCUGUUGGAAGUUGGUCACAUUGUCUCGUUUUAA